GAUUCUCUUACAGACUCCACCAUGUGGAUGAUUCUAGGACAGAACCAAAGUUGGGUCACUGAGUUCAUCCUGAUUGGCUUCUCCAGUGACCCCACAACCAACAACAUCCUCUUCAUUGUCUUCCUUUUCAUCUACCUGAGCUCAGUCCUGGGCAACGGGCUCAUCAUCUUGCUGGUCUGCCUGGACACACAGCUGCACACUCCCAUGUACUUCUUCCUCUGCACCCUCUCCCUGUUGGAUAUGAGCUAUGUCACCACCACCAUGCCCCAGAUGUUGGUACAUCUUCUUGCGCACUCUCAGACCAUCUCCUUUGCUGGCUGCUGGCUGCAGAUGUUUGUGUUUGGUGACCUGGGUAUAGCUGAGAGCAUCCUCUUUGUUGUCAUGGCUUAUGACCGGUAUGUGGCCAUUUGCUAUCCGCUACAUUACACUGUCAUUCUCAACUGGGGUCUGUGCAUUCAAUUGGUGUUCAGGACUUGUGUCUGUGGUUUCUUCCUCUCUCUGUUACAUACUUCCUUCACCAUGAGCCUGCCAUAUUGUGGGCCCAACAGGGUCAACCACUACUUCUGUGAAGGUCCUUCAGUACGUAGCCUGGCUUGCAUGGAUACUCACCUAAUUGAGAUGGUGGACUUGGUGUUGAGUGUUUUCGUGGUUCUUAUUCCAAUGUCCCUCAUUGCAGCUUCCUACGUUCAUAUUGCCAAGGCAAUCCUCAAGAUCAAGUCCACCCAGGGGCGCUGCAAGGCUUUCUCUACCUGUGCCUCCCACAUGACUGUGGUCAUACUCUUCUAUGCUCCAGCAAUUUUCAUCUACACAAGGCCGAACUCCAGCUACUCCCCUGAGCGAGACAAGCAGGUUUCACUCUUCUACAAUGUCUUCACAACCUUGCUCAACCCCGUGGUCUACAGUUUGAGAAACAAAGAUAUCAAGAGGGCGCUUCUCAAGUUGAUGGGACAUGAUGGGGUGGACCAGUGA